AUGAUUCGCACUACUUCCAGCCUACGGGUGCGUCGACCACUUCGUUUGACAGUACCUCUCCGCGGCUGGGUUCUGUUGUCCUUCCUCUUUAUCUCUGCUUUCCUCCUUUUGGUCCCCGGCUUCGGUGUCUCUGUCUUCCGUCCUCGCUCGCACAACAACGCGCCUGUGGCUGAGGCUACUGACCCUGCCAGCCGCCCACGGGGCCCGUCUGCUCCAAGGCGGCUUUCCGACAGUGGCGCCUUCGAUGCCGACGACGACGGCGACGAGCCGUCCGGCGGCAGUCCAUUCCGGGACAGCCGUUUCGGCGUCGGAUCGAGGCCGCGAAACGCCGCGCCUCGCAGCAGGCGGUAUCACCGAAGCUCCGCCGAGGACGAAUGGUUUUCCCCACCGUUUGAGAGUCAUGGCCCUCUGUCGUUCAGAGACGACUCCGCCGGCAGUGACCUUGGCGGAUCUGCUGGGGGCUGGCCAGCCGACGGCUUGCGCAGCAGACAACGUCCUCCUCAUUUCGUGACAGGAGGCGGCAGCCGUUUCGAUGCGAGUCCGUUCGGUGGUCCCGUGAGGAUGACAGCCGCUGCCGAUGACGGGUUCGACAACGCGAAUCGUGUCACUGCGGAAGAGUUUCUUGAUGCGGGUGGAGCCGCCGACUGCCGCGGCGGCGGCCCCCGACAUCAACGGCCCGCUACACGCGGGGGCUCGGCAGGCCACCCGGCCCCAAACCCCGGGAUCGCGGACGCUGGGACCUUCCAGAGGAGUCUCUUUCGCCAACAGCUGCAGGCCCUGCCUCCCUGGAGUUCCCCACGGUCAGUCCCCGGCCCCCAGGAGGCUGCGGCGCCCUCCUGGGAGUCGGUAGCGAUGCAGGCUGAAGGGUGGGAGCAGCCGUUCGCGCCGCAGCCAGUCUUGCUUAUUCCUGUCCAGUACGCUGGAGUCAUUCCUCAGGUAUAG